UUCUCCCUCCAACUUGUCCAUUGCUGCCUGCUGGCUAGCGACUAUGUCAAAAGACGAGGUAGCCGUGGACGCCCAUUGACAUGAGAGAUCGCGAUCCGCUUGAGAUCGGCUCUCGCGAGACACCGAAAGAGACGAAGCGACGUGUCCCCGAGCAGACGAUCCCGCGUAGCGACAUGGGCACCUCGGAUCUACGAAGCUGGCCGAUUUUCAGUCUACUCGAGCCGGAAUUCGUCUCGCGGAUUCACAUGGUUGUGGUCUACGCAGGUAACCUGGGCAACGAGGCCUUGAUCGUGACGAGGGACAAGACUGUGUACGCCCUGGGUAACAAUAUCGCCGGCUGCCUGGGGACGGGGGACGCGCACAGCACGCUGUAUCCGAAGAAGGUCGAGGCCCUAUGCGACAAGGAUAUAAAGACGUUCGCGUACGGCAGCGGACCUCAUGUUCUGGUGCUCACAAAAGAGGGAGAGGUGUAUUCCUGGGGCCACAACGGUUACUGCGAGCUGGGGAAUGGCACGUGCAAUCAAGGUCUCACGCCUACCCUAGUGAACAUGCCGAGUCUAGGCGGCGCUCUGGGCAUGAAGCGCAUCGUGGACAUCGCGUGCGGGAGCCACCAUUCCGUCGCUCUGACCGAAGACGGCGAGGUGUACGCCUGGGGACAGAAUAACUGCGGGCAAGUGGGUAGCAGCAUCAGCACGAAUCAGGGCGCGCCCAGGCAGGUGAACUCCAACCUGGCUGGGAAGAAGGUCAUUCACAUCUCCUGCGGUCAGACCUCCACCAUGGCGGUCGUCGAAAACGGCGAGGUGUACGGCUGGGGCUACAACGGCGUCGGCCAGCUGGGGAUAGGCAAUUACGUCAACCAAAUGACGCCCUGCCGGGUCGGCUCGCUGAUAGGAACUGUGAUAGUCAAGGUGGCCUGCGGAUACGCGCACACGCUGGCGCUGACGGACGAGGGGAAGCUCUACGUCUGGGGCGGGAACAGUUACGGCCAGCUGGGGAUCGGCAACAAGACGAACGCCUGUAACCCAGUUAUGUUGGAUCAUCAGGUGAAGCACGAAAUGGGAAGGCUGUCCGACAUCGCUGCGCUGCACUACAAUCACAUAAGCGUCGGCGUCGGCGAGGGAGGACGUGUCUACAUGUGGGGCCACUGCCGCGGUCAGAGCGUCACGACCCCGACCGCCACUCCGUUCUCAAACGUGCACGACGCGCUCGCGUCCUACGGAUCGCCGAGCGUUAUGCACGAACCGCUGAUCCUCCACCUGAACGAAGAGUCGAGCCUGUUGGAGAGCCUGGGAGCCGCGUUCGACGAUCCUGAGACGAGUGAUCUCACGAUACAAGUGGACGGCCAAUGUAUCCACGUGCACAAGGCUAUCUUGAAGAUUCGCUGUCCGUACUUCCGAACCAUGUUUCAGCACAACUGGGCGGAAAACAACCAGAGCGUCAUCGAGCAUGACCAAUUCUCUUACGGCGUCUACAAAGCCUUCCUGAAGUAUUUGUACACCGACGUGAUCGAUCUGCCUGUGGAGAAAGCAUUAGAGCUCUUGGAUCUGGCUAACUUGUACUGCGAGAACAGUCUCAAGAAGCAUUGUAUUCGGAUGAUAAAACAAGGAAUCACCGUGGCAAACGUCGCUUAUUUGUAUAGCAUCGCGAUCGAGUACAACGCGGAGGAACUAGAAGAAUUCUGUUUCAAGUUCGCUUUGAAUCACAUGACGGCUGUGACGCAGACGGAAAAUUUCGCCAAGCUGGACGAGAACACGGUAAAAACUUUUAUAAUUAAGGCGGGCAAGGCCGGUGUUUUUAGGACGUAAAUUCGUCUGUUUACCUCAAGGACAAUGCGCCUCGACGAGAAUAGGCGAAAUUCGCCGAGUCUGUCUGUCGCCGCACGAAAGCUCGUGGCGCAUUUCACGACGAGAUACUCCGACAUUCUAUUUCUUAAGUUUGCAUUUCGCUAUUAGCAUUUUGUCGCAAGUGAUAAAUGGACGCGACCGACGAGUCGCGCGGACUAUCUCGCGCGUCCCGCAAUAAUAUUUCGCACGAGAGUUUUCUUCGCCGAUCUCGGAGAUUGUGAUCUUGCAAAGGUACCUGAGAUUAUCGUAGAAUUCGCGUACACGGAAGAAGAAGAAAAAAUUGGCGACGCCACUUAUCGAGGGAGAUCGAACUCGCGUCCGCGACGACGCGUUAAUCUGCGUAACGACGUUGAUUGACGACGCGUCGAGUUUGUCGAACGAUUGCGAAAGUUAUAUUGUUCCGCAUUUCUUUUUAUUAUUUCUGUGAUAUAGCGUAUCUAUUUUUUUGCGAUCACGCCGACGUCUCUCGCCGAUUUUGUUUGUCAGACGGCGAACUUUGUAAAAUAUAAGUAUACGCAUGUACGACGCGAAACAGUAGAAAUAAACUUUUUUUAACACCGCCAA